AUGUGCCCCAUCGACUUCCGUCCCUUCAAAGGGGAGCCUUUGGUCGAUGAAGCGCUCACUAUGUUGCUGGCCGGCCAGGUCGCCAAACUUCAAGAGCAAGUUCAGCAAAGAGAGCAGAUGUUUGUGCCGCGGCGGUUGGCCGAGCCUCCCAGCCGCAAGAAGGAAGACUUCCUCAAGCAGAAGGUGGAUGCCGAGACCUGGCAAAAGUGGAAGCAAGUGCUGGACAUGCUGGAGGUGCACGGUGAGGUUGACAAGCAGCAUCUCCUAACGACCAGACUGAUAUGUCCAGACGUGUUGGACUACAU